ACCCUCUUUUCCAGAGCAAAUGGCCAAGCAAGCGGUGGAUCACCUAUAGGGUUCAACGAGCUCUUCAGUGAGUUUCGUCAGCACGAGGGCCUCCACUCCAUGGACGAAAUACUUGGAGUAAUCAUCGACUCCAAUGGAAUGUCCUUCAACGAUCUCAAGCCCAUAUACAAGGAGUUUCUAUUAAAACUAUCCGUGACACUAACAAAAGAUGAACUGUAUCAAAGAUCAAAAUCCAUAAUGAGGCGACAGAAGAAAAAAAUCCUCAAGAAGACUCAGGUCAAAUCUCACCGCUUGAAAAUUGGAGGGAAAUUUAGAAGACUGAAAUUGAUACUGCGAAAGAAUUUCAGGCUGAGGUUGUGCAGAAAAACGAAGAAACACAAAUUGAACAUAGAAUCUGCCCAAACGAAACUACCGGAGAGUUCUAUAUCGUCAUCUUCCUACGAUACUAGGCAUUUUACACCUAAAGAAGAAAUACAAACCACGAAAAAGCAGGUGCAGAAGAAGAAAUCUCAUGACUCGAGAGCCAAGAGAGACAGGUUAAGUACAUCCGAAGAAAGUGAUUUUUUGUCAGUGAGAAGGCCUAAAGCACCGAAUGCACUUAACGUUAACCCACAUAGAAACUCUUCUAGCGGUUAUGUUUCCUGUUCAGAUUGUUCAUAUGACAGUGACAGCUGUACGUGUACUUCAGCAGAUAAAUGUUACUGUAGUUUGGGAAACAAACAGUACAAUAAGAAAAAGUGCAAAUCCAAACAAGACAACCUACCUAACGAUAAUUGUCCCUGUCUCGAUGGUACCUUGACAUUUUGUGGCUGCGAUACAGACAGUUGCACCGAGAGCAACAAAUGUUAUUGUCCAAGAUCCCAGAAAACAACACCCAUACUUGAGCAACUCAAACAGAAAGGCAUCGUACCCCAACCUGAAAAACAUAGAAAAUUAUGCAAGAAAAGCUCCAACACAAAAAGCACCAAAAGUUUAGAAUACCUUCGUUACCCUGGUGAUUCUUACUACGAUAGACUGAAAACAUUGUCAAGACCAAUAGACCCCUACUAUAGUUAUAACUACAGCCAGGGUGGCAACAGAGGACAAAGGUAUAGUGAACCUGUACAGUACGACCUAUUUUCUAAUUAUGAAGACUUCCGGAAGUACAAAGGUGUUGGAAUGUUUCCUAGAGCUUUGAGCGAAUCAGAACGAAUUGGAUUGCUUAAACAAAGUUCUUCGAGAGCCUACAAGUCAACCAAAUAUGGAUCCAACAAAAAAAUGAAAUUACAAGAUGCCACCAUAGCUUCUUCAGCAACUUGCCACGAAGCUCUGUCAGUCAAGAAAACUGCAGAAAUAGCAGCUCUUUUUGCCGACUUGAAGCUGAACCAAACAACGGACUUGAAACACUUGGACAGGUUCGAAAGAUCAAUGAACCCUGUUGUAGCGUCGAAUAACAUUUACAAUAGUUUCAAAAGCCACGGUUCCGUACCUUGCAGAAACUUAACAUACGCUGACAUCCAAACUAAAGCACAUCAUGGACGUAUGAUACAAAACACUCUGUACAGCAGCGGCAGGAAUUUCUACAAAUCAACAAACCCGCAGCUGUUCAGCUCAAAAAAUGGUUUGUAUACUAUUCAGAGUCAAUCAGAUGACUCGAGAAGAUCUAGUAUCGGUAACAGAAAAGAGGACCCAAGAAAUUACCUCCAUGGAAAUCAUCAUUAUCAUAUGUUGGAUGGUGACAUCAAUAGCUUAGAGAAUUCCCUUGGGUACUUGCCAUGACAUAUUUGGAGCUUUUUAUCGAGUGUAAAAAAUUGUAAAUCAAAUGGUGAAAGCUCUUAUAUAAUUGAUUUUAUUAAUUCUGAAAUUGUCAAUUAUUUCUCUCAACUUUCUUCAGAAUCCUUCAAUAAUUUUUGAAGUUGUACACUGUAUAUUAGUAUAUUAAUAAAAUUUGAUAUCUCAUGUAUAAUAAUAAUAUGUAGUCCGAAGUUUAUGUUGAAAAUAUUUUAUGAAGGUUACUUGUAUAUAAAAAUUGGGGUGAUUUUUUGGUGAUUGGACGGGAUUCUUAGAGAUUAAAUAUAACAUAUUAUGUUUACAAUAUAAUCUCUCUAUUUGUUGAUAUUGAAAAUUUAUUCCAUUUUAUUGAAGGAGUUCAUCGUUCUUUAACAAUUAAAAAUAGGGAACCUGGUGUUUACUUGCUCGCUUUUCAUAUUACCAUGUUCAUUCUUCUAAGACUUCUCUUAUCUGUAAUCUGUAUCUAAUCUGUAUAAUAUUACGAUUCUUUUAUUAUAUUAGUGAUAAUUCUACUGUGCAAUAUUAAAUCAAAGAUAUUUUAUUUCAAAUUUUGGGACAAGUGCAAUUUUUUGUCAAUUUUUUCCAAUAAAAGUUUACUUUAUUUA